AUGGACGUAUAUGUCCAGAUCACGGGCCUGGACUCAGGAAAGACGCGCGGUGUCAAGGCACUACUCGACAGUGGCUGCAGUACCUGCUGCAUCGAUACCGACUACGCGCAGGCGGAGAAGCUGGAUAUCCAAGAGCUUCCACAACCCAUCGUGGCUCGAAACGCUGACAACACCGAGAACAUCAGUGGCCGGAUCACGCAUUACGUUGACUUAAGGAUGAGAAUCGGCCCUCAUGUAGAGACAUGCACGUUCCUUCUAAUGUGCUUAGGGAAGGCCCGGAUCUUCAUCGGUCUUGACUGGCUGACGGAACACAACCCCGAGGUGGAUUGGCAGGAGCAGACCAUGAGAUUCAGUCGAUGCCCAGAGCGUUGUCACAUGAGGGGUCACGAGGAGCACCAAGCAAUGAUUGACAUGGACGCAAUUAACCUGGACGCGGAUGCACCGGAUCUGUCAGGGGAACCCCCACUUCGGACUGCUCUGCCUUCAAUCAGGCAUGUGAUCGCGCUCGCGUGA